GGUCGACGAAGCACUUCCCGCUCAUCCGAUCGGACCGCCAAGCUCGCCUGCAGAGGUCACGACGAAGCAUGUCUAAGCGAGGGAGCGCCCGUGGGAAGAAGCGCGACAGAGUCCCUGACGACAGCCAAGGGCAGGGAAGAGGUCGCCGGCAUGUCCCAAAGGAGAAGAGGGUGCGUUCGGAUGAUGCGUCUGCAAGGGUGCCUCCUCGUGGAGCGCAAGGUUGGGCGGCAGCAGCGGGGGGGGACUACAACGAAGUCUUCACGACGAAGGAAGAGCAGGCAGAGGCGACCACGUCUGCAGUACGAGAGAGCGGUCGGCAGCACUCCUCUGAUCACAGCGCUCCGAAGAGGAUGCUAACCCCUCCACCCGAGGCGCAGCAACUGCGUGCCCACGAAAGGCGACAGAGAAGGCUGCCAUCAUCGAUCUUGGCGGCGAUGAUGACGAGCCCUUGGAAAAACGUCACCUGCGCACUCGUACAACAUCGACCCCACUGCCGGGGCGGUGGUGGCACGCGUUGCGGCACUAUGGCCCCCGUUGCGACAGUGAGAGAGGAGGCAGCAGUUGUGGCGAUGACGAGAGAGGAUGCGCGUGGCGAGAAGAAAACCGAUCGGGAGGGCGGCGAGGCCGGUUCAAGCCGGGUACAUAGGGGAAUGAUGACGAAAGACCUCAUCGAUCGUGUCGUCCUUUGGGUUGAUGACAAAGCUUUCUGGACGACGGGGGAGGGACGAAGACUUUACAACAUCGUCCACGGAAGGAGAGAGUACUUUGUCGCCAUCGCCAGCGGACUUCCACCGCUUGCCGUCCCUCGGAGCGUCUUUCUGCCCAAAUCCAGCACGAGGGUAGUCAGGAUAGCCGACCAAUCACAGCUGCAGCAAGCGAUCUCCCGGGCGGCGGCAGUGGAGAACAUUGCUCUGCGCAUCUUGCACGGCUGGGUAUUCAAGUCGGGGAACUGCCCAAGGGGAUACAAUGUGGCUUUCCAGUACUCGCUGGAGUCCGUAGCGACGGACAUUGAGCGUGCUAUGUGGUACGGCAAGGAGUGGUGCAACGUCGUCAGCCUGGCGGUUUGCGCAUACACGAUAGUUUUGUCCAUGGACUUGCCACUGUCGUUCGCCGGCGCGAACAUCGAGGAUAGACCGGGCGACGACGACAUGGUGGCGCACCAGGAGUCCACCAUAAUCUGCGUCGCGAAUACGUUCCACGCGGCGGUGCAAACGGGUGCACUCAUCGACGGGGAUUUCAUCUCCUACGAUCGUCUUUGUCGGGUGGCUGACUGCUUCAGGCUGUUGUUGGCGGCGUGCAUGUGGAUAAUGAGCAUGGCGGGAGACGAUCCGCGCAGCCACUACGAAGCUUUCUACUUCGCAAGCCUCGUGGCGAAGCCCACACUCGUCGCGGCUAUGCAUCGCUCCUUCAAUCAUCGACAAUCCGUCGUCCGCGCCGCAAAUGUCGUCACUGAGAGGCUCGGGAAGGCGAACGCCACGUUGGGAGAGUACCCCGACUACAUCCCUCAAUGGGCGCCCUACGGCAUUGGUUUCAGGCACGAUGCGAGCACAACGGGGCCAGAGGAUGCGAAGAAGUUAGAUUGGUUGGGUUUGGGCCGCCCCGAUGAUGACAACAACAGGACGAAAAAGAUGAUGCGUAGGGGGCGGCGGGGUGGGCACGGUUGGGGGGGGAUGCUUGUGUGAACGCGGCCGCAUGUACACGUGGCUGGUCGUGAUGGGCUUCGCUGUGGUUGGACCGUUGUGAAGUGCGCACCUGUUUAGAGUG